AUGGCCAACUCGGGCGAUACAAGCGGCGAUGCGUACUACAAUGGCGCGCAGAAUAUGGGCUCCGCGAUAAGAUCAGAUCGACAGCUUCUGCGGGAGCAGCUAACUCCGGAUGCGCGCGGCUUGAUAGUGGCAAUGGUGGGCCUGCCAGCAAGAGGAAAGUCCUUCAUCUCGCGCAAGUUGGAACGCUUCCUCAAGUGGAGUGGCAGCACGACCAAGACUUUCAACGUGGGAAAGUACAGAAGAGAUGCAGUGAUGCCGGAGAGGUCAGGGAGGAGUGAGUUCUUUGACAACCACAAUCCAGACUCAGUGGCCGCAAGGGAAAAGAUGGCCAUGACUGCUUUGGCCGACGCCAUCAAGUUCUUGGAUGAGGGGGGGAAGUUCGCGAUCUUCGAUGCAACCAACAGUACUGUCGCUAGAAGGCAGUCCAUCGCUGAGCAGGUCAGGGCCCAUGGGCACUACAGCCUGAUCUGGGUGGAGGCUGUUUGCGACGAUGAGGAGGUCGUGAGGUUCAACAUGUUGACGAAGGUGAAGUACAGCCCGGACUUCAAAGAGAUGUCCGCAGACCAAGCAAUGUCCGAUCUCACUGCAAGAAUUCAAAAGUAUUCAGAAAUCUACGAGACAAUACAGGACUCGGAAGGCGCCUUUAUCAAGCUGUUCAACCUGUCGAGCAAGGUCAUGGCGAAUCAUUGCUAUGGCCGCGUGGCAAAGAGCAUAUUGCCAUAUUUGAUGGCAAUCCACAUUGGUUCUCGACCGAUUUGGCUCGCGCGGGCGGGACCGGGCUCCACCAAAGGCCAAAAUGGUGUCGAUCGGAACUCUACCCUUUCAGAUGAAGGUCAACGCUAUGCAAAGCACCUUGCUGCUUUUGUGCAGCAUCGCUCUCGCCGCUACUGGGACUCCUCUGGAAAUCCACAGGAGCAAACGAAGGUGUUCACCAGUACAAUGCCUCGAGCUGUCGAAUCUGCUUUUCCCACCAGCGCCCUGCCCGAUAAGAGAUCUGCCCUGAACCCGAUCGACAAGGGUGUUGUGGGCGCUGGCUGGUGGGACGUGGAGUGUCCAGACGACGUGCCUCCCUGGAGCGAGGUAGAGAAGCGCCAUCCAGACUUUAUGGAUCAGUGGCACAAGAACCCCUUGGUUUGUCAAUUCCCAGGUGGCGAAAGCUACCUGGACGUCAUCAUGCGCUUGGAGAGCGUGCUCAUCGACGUUGAAAUGUGCACAUCGCCAGUUCUGAUAGUGAGCCACAUCACGGUUCUUCAGCUGCUACUAGCGUACUUCAAAGGGGUACCUGUCGAAGAGGCGUGGAAGAUGUCUUUGCCAAAGUUCGGGGUGGUGGAGGUUCACCCUACUUCCGGCGGCAGUUUCUUGUGUGAGGAGCACCUCUUGUCCUCGCAGCCAACAGGUGAUGGCACAUCCACUUCUCUGGAAAAGAGAUGUAGAGAUGACGCCAGUGAAAGUCCCAGCAUCAUGGCUGCGGAUGUCGCAGCAGAAGUGAAGCGACCUAAGGUCUCUGCUUAG